AUGGCCCUCAUCACAUUGGUGCAAUUGACCAUUGUGGCACUAUUCACACCCAUGGUGGCUAGCUCUGAAGUCCAGCACAUCAAGAAGACCAAUAUGGUGUUCUACAUGCAAGAUUGGGGGACAGGUCCGAAUCCGACCGCCAUUUCGGUAGCCGGUCGGAACCGCACAUCUUCGACAAUAACCAGCUUUGGAACUAUCAUAGCAAUCGACGAUGCUGUAACCGAAGGCCUGGAUCGAAAAUCAAAGGAGGUGGGACGGGCACGCGGUAUAUAUGUGACCUCUGCAUUGGACGCUUCCGAAGUCCACUUAUUGUUCUCGGUCCUCUUUACUAAUGAGAAGUACAAUGAGAGCACACUGGAGAUACAAGGGUCCGACCGAGCCAACCUCAAGCAGAGGGAGGUUUCGGUGGUGUCCGGCACCGGCUUGUUUCGGUAUGCCAAGGGCUAUGCUGUCUUAGAGACUGCCUACAUUGACCUUCCCAACCUCAAUGCAGCGAUCAAGUUCAAUGUAACCGUUCGACACCCUUGA